GGUAUAAUCAUGAUCUUAGUCGGCAAUUUGACUUGAACUCAUUUGAUCCAAUAAUCUGAAUUCCAACAGUCCGUGAGCCAAUAACCUUGCGCAGUGGCAAUGUAAUUGAUUCAUAAACCCAGCUUCUCAUAUACAGCCUAUAUUUCGACCUCAUCUCUCUCACACCAACACGGCACAGCACACAGGCGCCAGCGCAGACUCCUCCUUCACUACCUCUCUCUCCUCUUCGUCUCCGUGACACCUUGCAAGGAUGCCUUUGCGGAGACUAAACGCACAGCGGGAAUCGGCAGUGAAUGGGACAGGCUAUUAGCAGAAUCAGCACCCCACCACCACCACCACCACUCGGGCGCACCGACCGAAGCAUGCCCGAUCGCAGCCAUGACUUGCUCGGCGUCAGAUAGCGAGAAGAUCGUGAUCAACUGCGGCGGGAUCCGACACGAGACCUACCGGAGCACCCUGAAGACGCUGCCGGGCACGCGUUUGUCCUGGUUGACGGAGCCCGACGCCUACAGCAACUUCGACUACGAUCCCAAGUCGGACGAGUUCUUCUUUGACCGCCACCCCGCCACUUUUGCCUUCAUCCUCAACUAUUACCGCACCGGGAAACUUCAUUGUCCAAACGAUGUUUGCGGGCCGCUCUUCGAGGAAGAACUCGCCUUCUGGGGCAUCGAUGAGACGGACGUGGAGGCAUGCUGCUGGAUGAAUUAUCGGCAGCACCGCGACGCAGAGGAAGCUCUGGAUAGCUUCGAGACCCCGGAGCCAGACGCGCCCGAGGAAGAUCCGGCUCUUACCGGUGGAGCGGACGGUGACCUGAAGCGGCUGUGCAUGCAGGAAGACGGUCGCAGGGCGACGUGGUGGGAGGUGUGGCAGCCCAAGAUGUGGGCGCUCUUUGAGGACCCGUACUCAUCUAAAUACGCCCGGUAUGUGGCAUUUGGUUCCCUCUUCUUCAUCCUCCUCUCCAUCUCUACGUUCUGCCUGGAGACCCACGAAACCUUCUACACCAUAUACAACCUGACUGAGAACGUCACUGUCAGCAAUGUGACGCACGAGGAGACAGUGUUUGAAGUGGUCACAGAUGGAUGGCUGACGUAUGUUGAGGGUGUCUGCGUCAUUUGGUUCACAAUUGAGGUGCUACUGCGUGUUAUCUUCUGCCCUGACAAAACAGAGUUUUUCCGCAGUGCCCUGAACAUCAUAGACAUUGUGGCUAUCGUGCCCUUUUACCUGGAGGUGGCACUUAGUGGCCUUUCCUCCAAAACAGCCAAAGACGUGCUCAGCUUCCUGCGUGUGGUUCGCUUUGUCCGAAUCCUGCGCAUAUUCAAGCUCACUCGCCACUUUGUCGGUUUGCGGGUCCUGGGCCACACUCUGAGGGCAAGCACCAACGAGUUCCUGCUGCUCAUCAUUUUCCUGGCGCUUGGGGUCCUCAUCUUUGCAACCAUGAUUUACUAUGCUGAACGCGUAGGUGCUGACCCAGAUGAUCCAACCGCUGGUGCCCACACGGACUUUAAGAACAUUCCCAUUGGGUUUUGGUGGGCAGUGGUGACCAUGACAACACUGGGCUAUGGAGACAUGUUUCCCAAGACAUGGUCAGGGAUGUUGGUGGGCGCCCUCUGUGCCUUGGCCGGUGUGUUGACCAUCGCUAUGCCUGUCCCAGUCAUUGUCAACAACUUUGGUAUGUACUACUCCCUGGCCAUGGCUAAGCAAAAACUCCCCAAGAAGAGGAACAAGCAUAUACCCCGUGCACCACAGCCAGGCAGUCCCAACUACUGCAAACCGGAUGCCCUCGCCAUGGCAACCGCCUCGCCGCACAGGCUGAUGGGCAAUGUUCUGGGGCCUGGCAUGGUGGGAUCUGGCAGCAUGAUGGGUGCCGGAGAUUGUCCAUUGGCACAAGAGGAGAUCAUUGAAAUCAACAGGGCAGAUUCCAAACAAAAUGGUGAUGCAGCAGCUAAUGCAGCAGCACUGGCUAAUGAAGACUGUCCCACCAUUGACCAGGUUUUGGGGGAUGAGCGGAGCCCAGCCAUCGGGGGUCACGGUUCCACCACCAGCCGCGAACGUUACCCACACGAUCGGGCCUGCUUCCUACUGAGUGCUGGGGAAUUCCAGCGUACAACGGAUGGCAACGUUCGAAAAGCCACAGGUUAUGAGAAAUCCCGCAGCCUAAAUAACAUCUCUGGGAUGACGGGCGCCCCGCUGCGUCUCACCCCUAUCACCAACUCCACCUUUGAGCAUUUCGAGCCACCCGGCCUCAGGCGAUGCCACUCCCCCAUCCCCUCCAUCUUGUAGUACAGUAUAGCUACCGAGGAAAUAUCACAACACACAAAACGACAGUACAUUUCGAGUUAAGCGGCGGGGGAAAACAACAAAAGACACACAUGGAAAGCUGUACCUUCAAAACACGUUAGCCAUCACAACUACUCAGUUUUACAGCCUCAAUAUGAAUACAGAACAUUUUAAGAAAUAUUGAGGUCCUAAAAUGACCCACACCCCUUUUGAAUAUACUGAAAUAGGUAGGUAGAUUGGCAGGUGUAUUUUUUUUAAAUACUCAAACAUACCUGCGUAACUAACAAGGACAGAGACGAGGUUAGUUUAGCUUGAUACUGCGUAAUAGCUCAGCUAGCUUCCCUGUGCUACUUCCUCCCUCUGUCAGUUGCCCCUGCACUUGUCCCAAUAUCUCAAUCGUUGGAGAUUUAGUCUAACUCUUAAACAGUUCCUUGUAUGGUAUACACACGGCCGUCACGAUUUGCAUUCAUUAGAUACCGCACAAUAGAGCAGUGGCAUCGUGUAGAGGUAGCUAGCAUAUUGUACGGAGAACAGCUGUCUUCCAACAUACAGAUUGUACAGUAUGUGGAGAAGCACUUUGGGUUCACUUGGAGUUUCUUCAGUGCAAAUCCAAAAUGAACAAAGUGCAUUGUGUUCGCAGGCUUAUCGUCAGUUUUGCACCCGAGCAAGAGUAUCUCACAAAUGAAACGUGGAUAUACCGCUGUACAGUGACUACUUUAACUUAUACCCAACUUUCAUUUUGUAGUACUGGCCCUGGAGCAGAUAGGUUAAAUUAUUACCA